UUUCCCCAUCUUUCCUUUCGAUCCUUGCGCACAGGGGAGCAAGGUCUUGAAAAAAGGGUCUUGGUGAGGUGCCGUCAUUUUUUCUGUCCUUGGUCUCUAUGCCUUUCGCAGAGCUUCCAGCAGCGCUAUGUUGGGCCAGAGCAUCCGGAGGUUCACAACCUCUGCGGUCCAUAGGAGCCACUAUGAGGAGGGUCCUGGGAAGAAUUUGCCAUUUUCAGUGGAAAACAAGUGGUGGAUACUAGCCAUGAUGUGUUUGUACUUUGGAUCUGCAUUUGCUGCACCCUUCUUUAUAGAGAGACACCAACUGUUUAAAAAAUAA